GACCAGGAAGAUCCUGCCUGACAAACAUACUAUUGGCUAGGGAAGACUGAGUUGAGGCCAGAGAUAAAAACCAUCUGUUGGACGUGGUUUUUAUUGAUCAUAGCAAGGCAUUCGAUAAAGUAUCCCACUUAGGUCUCCUUAGUAAAGUUAAAGGUUUUGGACUAGACCAAUGCCUAUGUGAGUGGUUUAGAGAUUACCCAAUGGAUCGAAGGCAGAAGGUUAGAGUUAACGGUGUACUAUCAGGAUGGAAAGCAGUAUCCAGUGGAGUGCCUCAGGGAAGUGUAUUAGGCCCCUUGCUAUUCCUAUUAUACGUUAACGAAUCACCAGGGACUCUUACUUCAUUAUUAUUUGCAGACGACAUUAAGAUAUGGAGAACUGUAAAUAAUAACGGGGAUAGGUCGGUCCUACAAACUGAUUUAGAUAAUUUAGCUCAGUGGUCAAGCCUAUGGAGUUUGGAAAUGAAUGCUAGGAAAAGCGCUGUAAUGCACUUAGGUCAGAAGUUUUAUACGUUGUGCUCCCCAGGGGACAGAACUACCUGAUGUUAAUGAACAGAAGGACCUACGAAUCAUUGUCAGCAAUGAUUUGAAAACAACUGCAAAUUGCAAUGCAGCCGCAGCUAAAGCUUUUCGAAUGCUAUGGGCAAUUCGAAGGGCUUCCAAACGAUUAGACGAGGGCAUGUUCCAAAUACUCUACGCAACAUAUAUCAGGCCUCACCUAGGUUACUGCAUACAGGUGGCGAGUCCAUGCUUCAAAAAGGUGGCACAUAUC